AAAUUAUCAAUAUUAUUCACUAAACGAAACAUGCAAUAUUUCUUAUUAUUUCUUCUAAUAAGUGUGACAAUCCAUUGGUCAGUUGCACCACCUGUUAAUCAAAAAAAAGAUAAGGAUCAUGAUAAAAAUGAUGAAGUUGAAGAUGUGGAAGAAGUGGUAGACAUGGAGUACCGUAGGUACUUAAUGGAAGUUGUUCAAGCAUUAGAAAGUGAUCCUGAAUUUCAAGCAAAAUUGGAAAAUGCAUUGGAUUCAGAUAUACGUACAGGGAAAAUAGCUGAAGAACUACAGUUUGUAAAUCGUAAUGUUAGAACAAGAUUGGAUGAAAUAAAAAGAGAAGAAUUAGAAAGAUUAAGACAUCUUGCAACCAAAGAAAAUGAAUUGAAGAAUGGUUUAGAUGUUGAUCAUUUAAAAAUACCUGAACAUUUAGAUCAUACUAAUACACGUACAUUUGAAAUUCAAGAUCUAAAGAAGUUAAUUGCUAAGACUACUAAAGAUUUAGCAAAAGCUGAUAGAAAGAGACGAGAGGAAUUUAAACGACAUGAAAUGGAAAAACAAUAUAAAGAAAGAGAAAAAUUAAAACAAAUGAAUGAUGCAGAAAAAAAAAAGUAUGAAGAAGAAUUGCAAACAAUGAAAGAAAAGCAAAAAAAACAUGAACCUGUACAUCAUCCAGGAAGUAAACAACAAUUAGAAGAAGUAUGGGAAAAACAAGAUCAUAUGGAAAAUGAAGAAUUUAAUCCUAGAACAUUUUUUUUCUUUCAUGAUGUUGAUGGUAAUGGAGUAUGGGAUCAAGAUGAAGUUAAAGCUUUAUUUUUGAAAGAAUUAGAUAAACUUUAUGCUCAAGGUGCACCACAAGAUGAUUUUUUAAAACGAGCCGAAGAAAUGGAAAGGAUGAGAGAACAUGUAUUCAAUGAAGCUGAUCUCAAUAAAGAUGGUCUUAUUAGUUAUGAAGAAUUCUUAGAACAAACUAAAAAACCAGAUUUUCAACAAGAUGAAGGAUGGCUAGGAUUAGAUGAACAACAAAUUUAUACUCAGGAAGAAUUUGAAGCUUUUGAAAGACACAAACAAGAAGAGAUGCAAAAAAUGAUUGCUAAAGGAAUGCUACCACCACACCCAGGUAGUAUACCGGCACAAUCCGAGCCGUUUCCAUCACAAUAUGGACAUGCACCAGUUGCACCUGGAUUAGUUCCACCUCAAGUGGAUUCAAAUCAAAAUGUUCUGCAUCAGCAACAAUUUCAAAAUCCACAAUAUAAACAACAGCCACAAAUUGUAAAUCCUCAGCAAAUUCAUGAUCAAAUUCAACAACAACAGUUUCAAAGACAAAUACCAAAUCAACAAUAUCAAUAUGUGCAAGUACCUCAAGAACAAAAUCCUGUUCAACAGUUACACUCUGCACCUAUACUAAAUCAACAAAAUCAAGGACAAGUUUUGGUUCAACCUUUAAGUCAAUCUUUAGGUCAACAAGUACAAAUUCCAAUUCAACAGAAUGAACAUCCAGUUUCAAAUUUGCAACAACAGCAAAUAAAUCAAAUACCACAAAAUAUUAACGUGCCACAGCAAAAUAAUCAAAAUCAGCCGAAUUUGCAAUCUACACAGAUUCCUACACAACAAGAAAUUAAUAAAGUACCAACUGAUCAGAAAGUAUAAUUUUAUCUCUAAUAACAGGUAAUAUUUUUAAAUCACAUAAUAUAACAAAAAAUUAUUGUCAAGAUAUGACAAGAAAGACGAAGCAUUUAGAAAAAAAAAGUUCAAAUUUUUUAUCAUUUUAUAAUGUUUUUCAUAUCUUUCUUCGUUUUCGUUUUUUCAUUAAUUCUAGCAUCUGUAUGUAUACAGAACGCUAAUACUACGUUUCAUGAAAGAUUGAAUUAUUAAUUUUUCGCAUUUAUCAUAAAAUAUAAAUAAAAGUAUUUCAAAGAAA